GAAAAAAGUCGUUUUUUGCGUAACGUAAUGAGUGAACGGCCCUAAAUCUUUUCUUAAAAUUUGUACAGCGUUUACAUGAUGAUAAAACUGUUGGUAGAAUAUGUGUGAUAAAGUGGGCUUGAAAAUCAAGUCUUUAGCGAUACGUAAUAAGUUUGAAAUUUAUCAUUAGCAGGAAAAUGUUUCCAGGAAUUUUGAAAUCUUUUCAAUCCAAUCGGAUCAUAUUAGAAGAGAUUAAAAAUGCAGCUGUUAUUACACUCAAUCGUCCUAAAAAGAUGAAUACCAUCACACCAGGAAUGCACAAAGAGUUGUAUGAACUGAUAAAAGGUUUAGAAGCGUCAGACAACAAGCUUGUCAUCAUUCAAGGUGCUGGAAAUCAAGCAUUUUGUGCUGGAAUCGAUCUCCUACGAUUGAAGAAAAGUAUAGACAUGAAGCAAAACUGGGUGGACGUUGGAACAUCGAUUCAAUUCAACGUAUCAAAUGCAACUAAUUUAUUGUCAAUGUACAAAAAGCCUUAUUUAGCUCUUUAUGAUGGAAUCACUAUGGGAGCUGGUUGCUCAUUUUCAAUGCCUUCAAAAUAUAGAAUCGCAACAGAAAGGACCAUUUUUGCGAUGCCCGAGACUGAAAUUGGAUUUCUUACCAACGCUGGUGCCAGUUUCUUUCUACCAAGGCUUAAAUAUAAUCUCGGAUAUUAUAUUGGCCUUUCAGGUGCUAAAAUUCAUGGGUAUGAUGUUAAAAAAUACGGACUUGCUACACAUUACAUCGAAAGUAAAAAACUAGAUGAGUUUGUUAACUCUGUGGUUGAAUGUCAAGACGAUUAUGAAGUUGAGAAAGUAAUUUUGCAAUUUUCAUCAAAUUCAGUCAGCAAAGACAGCGUUAUUGAAAAAAUUUUACCAAACAUUGACAAAUGCUUCAAUGGUGGUUCAGUUGAAGAAAUUAUAGACAAUUUAAGCACAAAUGGAAGUGAAUGGGCAAUUAAAACAGUUAAAAAACUUAAUAGAAUGUCACCAACGAGUUUGAAAAUUUGCCACAAACUUUUAAAGAUGGGAAACACAUUGUCACUACAAGAAUGUCUGAAAAUUGAAAAUACUUUAAUAUGGCGGAUGAGUACAACGUAUCCAGAAGAUUUCAUGGAAGGCAUUCGAGCAAUGAUUAUAGAUAAAGACAUGAAACCAAAAUGGAAUCCGAGAGCCUUAAAAGAUGUAACAGAUGAACACAUUGACAAGUUUUUUGAGCUACUACCCAAAGAAUUGGAAUUAAAGCUAGAAAAUGUUGUGAAUUAAUGAAAUCAAACUUGUUUUUUACCAAAUCAUUCAGAGUCAUAAGUUCCGAAUUUACCGUGAUUAGAAUUUCCACAGGGAUUUUACUUGAUUUUAUUUGAGUCGAAUCAAUUAGAAAAAUCAUACAUUUAUUAUUCAAUUGUUUAUAGUUGUUUGAUUUUAACCCUUAACCUUGUCAUAUGUUGAUUCAUAAUUAUUAAUUUGAUAAAC